AUGAUGACAUCAUCCCCGAACAUUGCUCAACCGUCGUCUUCAAGGGCAGCAGCAACAGUCCAUCGCCCAAGCGGGCCUACACUUCAGUGGUACGCGGACCCCUACGAAUACCCCUCGACGACCUCUUGUAUCAAGAUCUCACUCAACCCCAAGGCUUCCUUCCGCUUUCUCUGCCUUCGGUUUUCCGUUCAGGUGAGGGGGUCGUUUGAUGAUUGGCAGAGGGAUACGCCGCUGUUGGUCAAGAAUGAGCAGGAGGGUCGGUUUAAGGCUGAGAUUCUGGUCGAUCUUGAGAGGCUACCUGAGGCUUAUCAGGAGGAGACUUACAGCAGUGCUGGUGGUGAUGGCGAAGCUGUUGCAGCGAAGAGCGAUGCCGAUGGAGAGUUGCCGCCUGGUGCCAAGUUGAGACACAAGUUGAUCUAUAAGUUUGUGUUGGAUGGUCACCAGUGGGUCACGGAAGCGGGUCAGUCGUUAGAGAGAUUGCAGCACCGCCCAUCGCCUCCUCUGACCUCUCGGAUGACUCACCCGCACACUGUCCUCCAUUCUCCAGCAACAGUCCCCUCUUUCGUUCGGGUCCAAGUCAGCACACCCGCCCGCCAUGAAUUAUGGCGAUCCGAGUCGCGACUUUAUGGCGCAGGGUGCUCUCCCGACGACGGCGCUCUCGACUUCGGUGCCACAACUGCCCGCGAUGACGACGUUGGCGUUGUCAACUAA